AUGUCUCGAGCAGACAGGAUUCCCCGCUCAGAGUGGGACAGUAACAAGGAGCAUAUCCGCGCCUUGUACCUCGACCAGGACAAAUCCCUAGAUGAUCUUGUCACCUCCAUGUCCGAAGAGCAUGACUUUCAUGCCACUAUAUCCGAAAACUGGGCACCUGGAAUGAAGAAGUACUCCAGCAAGGAGGACUGGAAACACGCCGAUACCUUGAUUAGAAAACGCAAGGUCGAGGGCAAGGACACGGAAAUUUUUAUUAAUGGCAAGCUUGUGUCAGCAAAAAAGCUGAAAAAGGAGCUUGGGAGAUAUGCAUGGCAACAGCCACACGGUCAACAGUCCUUGGCUAAAGAUGCUCCUGAAGGAGUGAUAGCCCGCACGCCACCCUCUUCCACGAUGGCAUUCAUCGUGGGGCGUUCAAUCCCGUGGUUCCGAUUCCAGGAUCAUCUACAUUCCUUCAUGGCACGCAACUCCCCGAUGGAUCCAGGCCAUGGCGCUCUGAGACUGGUCAUAUCGCCAUCAGCGAAACAACUCGACAUUCUUCCAUUUUUGAACAAAGUCCUGAUUACCGCUUCAAGGACAAAAACUCUUUCCGAAGCCACUUCAAUCAUCGAAGGACAGAUGCCCCGCUCGCCUGACCUUGACGCUACAUCGCAAGUCGGUCGACAUGGCUCAGAUCCUUUGUCUCUAGCUCUUCAGUGGGCUGUCUAUCGCUGCACAAAUAAUCAUCUAAGCUCGCUUCAAAUCGAUGAGUUUUUAGGUUUCAUAGCGGAAAGCGGAAACCUCGCAGCGUUGAAGGGAAUCUGUCGCAUGCCUGGGCCGACAACCAAGACUCUGCUGUCAAAGCUUCUUCCAAGCGCUAUCCGCCUUCGGGACUUCGCACUUGCUAGUUUUCUUCUUGAUCAGGGGGUCGAUCCAGAAGCCAGACACUCAGAUUCGUCUUUCUCCAGUAUUCUUCAGAAGGCAGCAAGAGAUCACAACGAUGACGUCGUGCAGUUAUUGCUUGAGCAUGGUACCAAUCCCGAGGAUGCCAACAAGGAUGGCUGCACCCCUUUGCAGUCUGCCCUAAUGGAACCCGGAGGACUUUCUACUGUCAAGCUACUUGUCCAAGCUGGAGCAGACGUCAAUCCGCCUUCUCGUGGAUAUUACGAGUCAUCUCUGAUGAUGGCAGUAGCCCAACUAGACAUGGAAGCUGUCAAGUUUUUGAUCGACGCUGGCGCAGAUCCCAACCGGGGAGACAGGUUACACUAUUUGCGCACGAUACGGCACAUUUCAUGUCUACCUCUAGCAGCGGCAGCCCGCCUAAACACGAGGGGUGGCAUAACCAAAUCGAGCAAGCAAAGUCAAAAUCGUUGUCAAAGGCAGAUCAUCGACUUGCUUCUACAAGCAGGAGCUAACGUCAACGCAAUCCCUUCGUGCGCACCUAGGGAUAGCGCCGUGACAGCGAUGCAGGCCGCUGCCGAAUCAGGCAAUUUCGAUAUUUGCAGUUUAUUUAUCUCUCACGGGGGGGAUAUCCAUGCCCCGGCCAUAGGAGAGUACGGAAUGACAUGUCUCCAAGCCGCAGCAUUCUCUGGGAACGUCGAUAUCGUCUAUCUGCUUUUGGGCAUGGGAGUCGACGUGAAUGAGGCUGGUUUGCACGCGGCAGCAUCUUCCGGAAACAUGGAGCUCGUCAACCUUUUCCUAGAUAUGGACGCCAAUGUCAAUCAACAAACCCCAAAGACUGCUCUUGAGGUUGCUAUUGAUGCGGGCCACAAUGACGUUGUCGAGAGAUUGCUAGAUGCAGGUGCAGAUGUCAACCAAAAUCAUCGCUUUGGGUCCGCACUUUUCAGUGCCGCCAGGAAACAAGACGCCAAAUUGGUUGGCCUCCUGAUGGCCCAAGGCGCUGAUCUAGAACCUGUUGGUUGUCAUGUCAGCCCUCUCAUAGCAGCCAUCGAGCAGGAAUGGGCGUAUGGCGCUCGACUCCUCAUACAGGCGGGAGCCGAUGUGAACAGGCCAUGCACCAAGCCAGACUUCUACAGUCUACCAGAGUAUGUGCAUCGGGAUCAGACAGUGCCACUUGUAGAAGCUGUCCUUACAAGGGAGGUCAAGUUUGUCCAGAUGCUUCUUGACGCUGGGGCAAAACUCCAUGCCCAUUCCUCUCGUUGCCUUGAGCUUGCUAUCCAAAACCGCUCCAACGACAUAGUCCGACUUUUGCUCCAGAAUGGCGUCAACCCCAAUCAAAUUUUCGCGGGCGAGGAAGCAGUCACUCCUAUCCAUGCCGCGAUCAUAGAUAAGGACGAAUUUAUCGAGACGGAUGUCUUGAAAACAUUGAUUGAGUUCGGGGCCAACGUCAAUGCUUGCUCCGAAAAGGGGUACCCACUUGAGAUCGUCUCCAAUGUAAUGUUGGAUCUGAGCGAGCUCGGGUGGAAUGUUCGGAACCUUGAAGAGGCCCGAGACAUUCUAUUGCGAGCCGGUGCUGAUCCUAGCUUGUUCAACAACGACUGCAGCGAACUACAACUUGCCGCCAAAAAGGGCGACAUUGCCAGGGUCCAGUCUCUCAUUUUGAACGGAGAAGACGUUAACGAGCCAGCAAAUGGCAAACGUGGUGCAACAGCCUUACAGUAUGCCGCAAUGUAUGGUCACUUGAAUAUCGCCAUGCUGCUAAUCGAGAACGGAGCACUCAUCAACGCUCCAAAAGCAGGGAUUGAUGGCCGCACCGCGCUCCAAGCUGCCGCAGAGAACGGGAGACUCGAUAUCGUACACCUUCUCCUAGAGCAUGAUGAUGAGCUAGGCUUAUUGGAGGAGCGUUGUUUUGACGCGGCCGAAUAUGCCGAGGAGGAAGGCCAUAGGGUCAUUGCACAAAUCCUGCGGGAAUGGAGGAGAUCAUGA